UUUUAGAACAACCCGGAAGUGUGGGCUUGGCCGAAAUAGGAAAAAGACAAAAUGUCGCACAUGACAGAACAAGACAUCAUUGACAACGAGGAAGUUUUCCUCUUGUUCGAUACCAAUGGUGACCGAAAGAUCUAUGCUAGUCAACUUGGUGAGGUCCUCCGAGCCAUGGGACAGAAUCCCACAGAGGCUCGAGUCAGGAAGUGCGGCUUCAGCAACGACCCAGAUAAGAGAAUCUCCUAUGAGCAAUUCGUUCCCAUUCUUCAUGACGUAGCCAAGAAUAAGGACCACUCCUCGUGCGAGGACUUUGUUGACGGUUUCCGGGUGUUUGACAAAGAAGCAAACGGCACAAUCAGCACUGCUGAAUUACGGCAUCUGCUCACUCAUUUAGGAGAGAAGCUUCGCGAUGACGAAGUGGAAUUGUUGUUAGCUGGACUUGAAGAUGCACAGGGCAAUAUCAAUUAUGAAGAAUUUGUGCGGAUGGUGAUGAGUGGAUAAAAACAGUGAUGAACCAGUUUGAAGGACAGGAGAGAAAGAAGCCAUUCGAACUCGUUCCUCAGAAGGGCAAUCUUUUGAGCUUGGAAACAACUGUCAUGACACUUAAGUUUCUUGGAGUGUUCACAGCCUGGCUGUUUGGCAGCAGGGUUGGACAUUGAUUGGAGAAUUUGAGAAGUUAUUCCAUCACAAGUUCGAAAACUAUUCAGAACUUUUCGGUUUAACACGAUAGCCAUCAUCAGUGGACUAAAACCCCAGUUCAUGUUGACAUCAUGUGACAUUUGUUGAAGAAUUUCAUUCGAAAAAUGCCUCAAAGAGGCUGUUAAAACUGUCCCAUUUGGACUUGGAAUCUGAAAAGUAACUCUCACAUGUACAUUGCACCAUUCUCAUUACCCCUCUCCAAUUAAUAACAUGUUGAAUACUUCCGAGAAGCCUAAUAAUAUGCUAACUUAAUUAAUUAUACUAAUUAAUAUUCGAAGGAACACAAAUUAUCUAAGCAUGUUACAGGCACAUUUGAGUCAAGUCCAAGACGAGUAAAGACCUGGACAGUUUUGUGAUAGUCUUAAAGACUGAGGUAUGUCAAAGACUAGACAUUCCCGCUAUUGUUUUUACUUAGGAAUCUUAGAAGGUGAUAUGUUUAAUGAUUUAGUGUGGUCACAGUUAUUCUUGAAGGGGAAUUUGGAGAUCAUAUCUAGGUAGUUUAAACACAAACGUUCUCUUGGUUUUCUUGUGCCAGUGCUUUAAAAAGCUUUGUUCAUGGGUGGAGGGUAUAAUAUAAGACCAGCUGUAAAUCACUUCAACAUGUAUAACUUGAUUUUACUGGGUUUGUUAUGUAUAUGAUUGUAAAUGUAAUGUAUUGUGCAGUUCCCCUAUUAACCCUUUCAAGACUGAUGAAUGACCUCAUUGGUUGCCGUUGUGCAAGAUCCAGACUUUAGUCAUCCAAAUUCCAAGGGUUAAUGAAGGAAUGUAGAAAUUUGUGUGUUUUUACACUUUUUCCCCACAAAGUAGAAUUAAUUGAGUAUUUAGUGAUUUUGUAAAAUAGGAAAUCGGAAUCAUGUUGAAGUCCUUUCAAUUUUUGUUUCAUAGUACUUUCGCCUGUUUCAGAAAAGGCAUGUUUUUUCUGAUAGAAAAAGAAUUUUGUGUAAAUUUAGUGCCACCAUAUAACAUCAGAUGGCAUUCAGAAUUAUGGACAUUUUAUCAAAACUUAUUGAUAUGACCAUUCGUUGGGAAGUUUCCAAAGUGCAUAUUUUUUCGGAUUUGUUGAGCAGAGUGAUAUUGCAAAUACGCUUCAUUCUUUUUGACAAUGACAGGUCUCCUGAACCUAAAUGUUAUCAAUUGUCACUGAAGUGUAACCUCACAUAUUGCGACACAUCCUGUAGACAUUUUGUACCCCCACUUAUCUGUAGAUAACAUAUUAUAAUGAACAUUCAUAAAAUA